CAAUCCUUCCGUAAACAGCGCAAUAAAACAAUAAUUUAUGUUUGCGAGCCGUAAUACUUGUCCUGUGAUUGGGAGUUAUGGUUGUCAUUCAUACAUUUCAAUUGUCGAGAUUUAGUUGUUCCGCGGAGUUGUCAGAGUUAGUGGUACGGACUUUUAUGUUAAGUUUUUAGUACGAUCAUUUAGUACUGGUGAGCAGUUUAGGGGGUCUGUUGCAACUUAGCCUCUGAAAUAGUGACAUAUUUUGUCCGUGUCGAUUAUUCCCUCACUUACUGGUAUGUUUUAAUUAUCGUUGUCUGAGGUGUUUGCCAAUGGUUGAGACAUAUUUUUUCAGCAUCUGACGUUUUGGGUUGCGUGUUUUAUUGCCGGAACCAGGAGCAGAGUGGUGUACAGUUGCACGCUGUUCAGGGUAACAAAGCUUGUGAUAGAAUGGCACAGUGGAAUCAAUUACAGCAGUUGGACACCAGGUACUUGGAGCAAUUGCAUCAGCUUUACAGUGACAGCUUCCCCAUGGAACUGCGGCAGUUUCUGGCACCGUGGAUAGAGAGCCAAGACUGGGCAUAUGCUGCAAGUAAAGAAUCCCAUGCCACCUUGGUAUUUCACAACCUGCUUGGAGAAAUUGAUCAGCAGUACAGUCGCUUUUUGCAGGAAUCUAAUGUUCUGUACCAACAUAACCUAAGAAGAAUCAAGCAAUUCCUUCAGAGCAAGUACCUCGAGAAGCCAAUGGAAAUAGCAAGGAUUAUUGCUCGGUGCCUUUGGGAGGAAAAUCGACUUCUUACUACUGCUGCUGUUGCUGCUGAGCAACCAGGUGGCCAGGGAGCUCAUCACACAGCAGCUGUAGUGACAGAAAAACAACAAAUAUUGGAACAGCAUUUACAGGAUGUGCGGAAAAGAGUACAGGAUCUGGAACAGAAAACAAAGAUGGUGGAAAAUUUGCAGGAUGAUUUCGAUUUCAAUUACAAGACUUUAAGAAGUCAAGGAGACAUGCAAGAUUUAAAUGGGAAUAACCAGGCAGUGACAAGGCAAAAGAUGCAACAGCUGGAGCAAAUGCUGACUGCAUUGGAUCAAAUGAGACGGCAGAUAGUGAGCGAUUUGGCCGCACUUCUUUCUGCAAUGGAAUAUGUGCAAAAAAUCUUGACUGAAGAGGAGUUAGCAGAUUGGAAGAGAAGGCAACAGAUAGCUUGCAUAGGAGGACCACCCAAUAUCUGUCUCGAUCGACUAGAAACUUGGAUAACUUCUUUAGCAGAAUCACAGCUUCAGAUUCGCCAGCAGAUCAAAAAGCUGGAAGAAUUGCAGUCAAAGGUGUCUUACAAAGGUGAUCCCAUUGUUCAGCAUCGACCAAUGCUGGAAGAAAGAAUUGUCGAGUUGUUCAGGAAUUUAAUGAAAAGUGCAUUUGUAGUCGAAAGGCAACCUUGUAUGCCUAUGCAUCCUGAUCGCCCCCUGGUUAUCAAAACAGGAGUACAGUUUACUACAAAAGUCAGGUUACUUGUCAAGUUUCCAGAACUAAAUUACCAGCUUAAAAUCAAGGUUUGCAUUGACAAGGACUCUGGAGAUAUAGCUUCACUUCGGGGGUCAAGGAAGUUUAACAUAUUAGGAACAAACACAAAGGUGAUGAACAUGGAGGAGUCAAACAGUGGUAGCUUAUCUGCUGAAUUCAAACAUUUAACCCUAAAGGAGCAGAGGUGUGGCAAUGGUGGUCGAGCCAAUUGUGAUGCUUCUCUGAUUGUUACUGAAGAGCUCCAUCUCAUUACGUUUGAAACUGAAGUUUAUCAUCAAGGUUUGAAAAUUGAUUUAGAGACACAUUCGUUACCAGUUGUGGUCAUAUCAAACAUCUGUCAGAUGCCAAACGCUUGGGCAUCCAUCCUGUGGUAUAACAUGCUGACUAAUAACCCAAAGAAUGUAAACUUCUUCACUAAACCCCCAGUUGCUACAUGGGAUCAGGUGGCAGAAGUUCUGAGCUGGCAGUUUUCUUCUACUACGAAACGAGGUCUCAGUAUUGAACAGCUAACAACAUUAGCUGAAAAACUACUAGGACCUGGUGUCAAUUAUUCUGGAUGUCAGAUAACUUGGGCCAAGUUUUGUAAGGAAAACAUGGCAGGCAAAGGUUUCUCUUUCUGGGUAUGGCUAGACAACAUCAUAGAUCUUGUGAAAAAAUACAUACUGGCUCUUUGGAAUGAAGGGUAUAUCAUGGGUUAUAUCAGUAAAGAACGGGAAAGGGCUCUUCUCAGUACCAAGCCACCUGGUACCUUCCUACUAAGAUUUAGUGAAAGCAGUAAAGAAGGAGGCAUUACUUUCACGUGGGUUGAAAAAGAUAUCAAUGGGAAAACACAGAUCCAGUCUGUGGAACCAUACACUAAGACCCAACUUUCCAGUAUGUCAUUUGCUGAAAUUAUCAUGGGGUACAAGAUUAUGGAUGCCACCAAUAUCUUGGUAUCCCCUCUCGUUUAUUUAUAUCCUGACAUACCUAAAGAGGAAGCAUUUGGGAAAUUUUGUCGAGCAGAGAAUGCAGAGCUGCCUGAUGCAGGAGAUCCAGGUAGUGGACCAGCCCCAUAUCUGAAGACAAAGUUCAUUUGUGUGACACCAAGCCCAUCAGCUGGGAGGACUAACAUCCAUGAUCCCUUUUUGCUGCAGUCCUUUACAGAAAUCAGUCAACUGGAUCAGCUGACAAACAGUGGAAACACAAGUGAACUUUUUCCAGUGUCUCCACGCACACUGGAUUCAAUUAUUCACAGUGAUAUUUCAGAUGUGAAUGCAGAAAGACCUCUUGAUUCGCUUUCUUUUGACAUGGAAUUAGCCUCUGAUUGUGCUGCCUCACCAAUGUGAAACUCUGGAUCACAAAUCUGAGCAUCAUAUCACAGUAUACUUUGCAACAGCAUCUCCUCAGUAUUGUAGAUCUAAAUUCUAAGCAUUUUUCCUGAGUGGUGGUUUAUUCUGUUUACUGUGCUGUGUACACCUUUUAUAGUGCCUUUUCAUCUAAGGACUCUCAAGACAUUUUAAAGGACAUUAAAAUAGUGACAUUGAUUCCUGAGGUAGUCCAGUCAUAUAUAACAUGAAUGUCUUUUUUUUAAUAUUGAGUUCCUUUUUCCUGGUUGAUUGUAAGGCCUUUACCUAAGACUGCUUUUUUGCACAAGCAACUUUUUAUUUCCAGAUGGUUAAAACUACAUUUGUGAAUUAGAUUUAUGUAUUAUUCAUAUUUGUGGCAUAUGACUUGUAUCUUUCUGAUGAAAAUGGAAACCUCUAAUGUCUCUAAAUACACUCAUCUACAUCCA